AGAGGAAUCACAUUCACUUGAGUAGGUCCAGAUACGUAGCAGCUGAGGUCUAAGUAGUUACGUACGUAGCUUGAUCACUAGCUAGAAAUGGCACCAGUAUCAAACCAGGUGGGUGGUCAUGUGGCGGUGCUAGCCUUUCCCUUCUCCACUCACGCCGCCCCGCUGUUGAACAUUGUGUGCCGCCUCGCCACCGCCGCGCCAAGCACUCUGUUCUCUUUCUUCAACACCAAGCAAUCCAACAGCUCAAUCCUAGCAGGCAACACGUCCGUACUGCGUUACAGUAACGUAAGUGUGUGUGAGGUGGCGGAUGGUGUGCCGGAGGGGUAUGUUUUCGUGGGUAAGCCACAGGAGGACAUAGAGUUGUUCAUGAAGGCUGCCCCGGACAACUUCAGGAGGUGCUUAGAGGCGUCGGUGGCGGAGUCCGGGAGGGAGGUCAGCUGCUUGGUCACUGACGCCUUCUUUUGGUUCGGUGCUCAUAUGGCGGAUGACAUGGGAGGAGUGCCGUGGGUGCCGUUCUGGACCGCCGGACCGGCUUCACUCUCGGCUCAUGUACACACUGAUCUCAUCAGGAACACAACUGGUGGGGGUGGUCACGAUGAGAAGGAAACCAUCACUGUCAUUGCAGGAAUGUCGAAAGUGAGACCUCAGGAUCUGCCAGAGGGAAUCAUCUUCGGAAACUUGGAGUCGCUCUUUUCACGUAUGCUUCACCAGAUGGGACAGAUGCUACCACUUGCAACCGCAGUUUUCAUCAACUCCUUCGAAGAACUAGAUCCUGUGAUCACAAAUGAUUUGAAGUCCAAAUUCAAGAGGUUCCUCAACGUGGGACCAUUGGACCUACUAGAACCACCAGCAAGUGCAGCCACCACCACACCGCAGACGGCGGAAGCUGUUGCCGGAGAUGGCUGCUUAUCGUGGCUUGACAAACAGAAGGCGGCGUCCGUGGUCUAUGUGAGUUUUGGAUCAGUAACAAGACCAUCGCCGGAAGAGCUUAUGGCGCUAGCUGAGGCUCUGGAGGCUAGUAGGGUUCCAUUCUUGUGGUCACUUCGGGACAACUUAAAGAACCCACAGCUAGAUGAGUUCCUAAGCAAAGGAAAGUUGAACGGAAUGGUGGUGCCUUGGGCGCCACAACCACAGGUCCUGGCGCAUGGUUCAGUUGGAGCCUUUGUAACACAUUGCGGUUGGAACUCGGUGCUUGAGAGCGUAGCAGGUGGAGUGCCUUUGAUUUGCAGGCCUUUCUUCGGCGAUCAGAAACUUAACGCGAGGAUGGUAGAGGAUGUGUGGAAGAUUGGUCUCAGGUUGGAGGGUGGGGUUUUCACCAAGAAUGGCAUGCUUAAGAGUUUGGACAUGCUAUUAUCACAAGACGAGGGGGCCAAAAUGAAAAACAAGAUCAACACACUAAAACAACUCGCACAACAGGCCGUAGAACCAAAAGGGAGCUCCACUAGGAACUUUGAGUCAUUGUUGGAAAUGACCACAACCAAUUAAGCACAACUACAACUACAUUCCACAAGAAUAAAGAGUUUCUGAGAGUUACAGUUGAUUGAACAAGAGAGCUACAUUUUAGAC